AUGAACAACCAGCUAGCCAACGACCAGUUUAAGGUUGAACAAAUGUCGUUUGGACUACCAAAGGGAUAUAAUGUAAGUACUCACGAUGGUCAGCAGGUGUUGGGACAACAUGUCGUGGGACACCAGAUGAUGGGCCAGCAGGGUAUGGGCCAGCAGGUAUUGGGACAGCAGGUAUUGGGACAGCAGGUAUUGGGACAACAGGUUUUGGUCCAACAACAAGGAGGUAAAGGUCAAUACAAGGAGUUUGAGCAGCCACGAUACUAUGGAUCGUCGAUGGUGAUGCAGCUGCCCUAUGUACAGGGUGGUGGCCAGACCACUGGUCAACCUGGAGGGCAGUUGGGAGGUCAAUUAGGGGGCCCGAUGAGUGGCCAGGGUGCACAUGGAACACCUUAUAUGAACCAGGCGAUUCUGUAUCCAGCACAACAGCAAAUAUACGAAACGAGGCCUGUGAAUAGCUAUUUGUUGAUACACCAAGGCCAGGAUCAGGGACAGAUUGCAGCCAGUUUCUACGGGGCUGCCCGCUCAAGAGGGCCACCCGAACAGCCAGUUGUGUAUGAAGGAUUCAUUGAGAGACUCCAACAACUGUUACCAGUACCACCAAUGUCACAGGCUAUCACUCGUCCCGAGAUUAACUUGCUGCUCAACCAGAGGCGGGCGAGACGUAAGUCGAAAUUCUCGAAAGAGCAGGACGACUCGAUUGUCGAGUUGAAACGUAAAGGCAAGACAUGGGUGGAGAUCGCUGAGAUGUCGGGCGUGGGCAGCUAUCUUGCGGCCAGAAAUCGUUAUCAGGUCAUUGUGGGACAGCAGGGAAAUAAUAAUUCUUCAUCGUGGGAUAAUGAAGACAAGUCGCUCUUGCGCAAGCUCUUGGACGAGGCUGAAAUUGAAAAGUGGAAGUUUAUUGCUGCAGAAUUGACGAAGGCCACGGGCAAGCCAUUUUCCGACAGAGAGUGUCGUGAGACAGUGAGAAUGUUGUUUUGGGCGGACCCAGCAUCAUUCGGUGUGAACGAGGACACCGUGAACGAAUGCUUCAAGGAAAAAAAGGUCACCGAGAGGGCGAACGAACAGCAGCUGUACAUCGAUAACGAACGUCAGUACGCGCAGCCCUUUUUCUCGCAACCGUCUUCUGCUACCAAUGCAUCCAACACUUCAAAUUCAUCCAGCACAUUGUCAAAUCCUCCGGCACCAGUACUACACCUGUAUCAUAGCUACAAUUCUAAAUCGUCCCCGGAGUCGAUCGACAAUUACCCCGGUAACUUCUACUAG